AUGCUUGAAGUCCUAAUUUUUUUUAGUACUGAAAAAGAUCACCUGAAAAUUAGCUACAGAACAAGAUUUUGCUGUACUUCUAGGGUUCCUGUUACUGAUCUUUGGCAAGGCCAGAACUUAUUGGAAAACAUACAAGAUUGUUUUGAAGAAAAAAGUUAUGACACUGGCUUUAGCACAAAUCCUGGAAGUCCAACUCUUUGUUCAACUCCUUGCAAAUUAAGAAAUGAUUCUUAUUCAUCACCAAACAAAGAGUACCAGAUAUCACCUUCAAAGAAUGAUUGGAUUUCUUCGGUGAAAAAGAAAGCUAAAACCUCAGCCCUUUCACAUCAUACUAUUAUGUUACAAAGUCAGGCAAACAAUUCAGUCUUGACCCCUGAGAUUCCUCAAAAAUUAUCACAAGCUGAUUUAGUUGGUUUGAAGAAUACACCAAAUUUAAAAUAUGCUUCAAGUGGAGCUGAAGAAUUUAAUAAAAUUCCUAAUGAAGUUGUGGAAGAAUUUCACUUAACAGUUGGAUCGCCUGGUCUUUUGGCCAAGGAAACAGAGAUAUUACCUUUGCCUCAGCAAGCUACUCCUACUGCACAUGAUAGAUGGAACCAUAUAUUUGGAAAUUCAUUUAAUCAACAACCUUCACUUUCCACAUCAAGUCUUAAAACUAAAAAGAGCUUAAACUAUGAAGAUAUAACAGUUUGGUCUGCUAAGAAGAAGGCAGAAAAAGAUACUAAAAUGUUAGAAAGAAGACAAAAGAGGAUCCAAUCGGAAUCUUCUGAGAAAAGAUCACAAGAUGCAAAACAGAAAAGAUCACAAGAUACAAAACAGCAAAGAGCUAAAACGAAUUUUUCAACAUUACUUUUACAAGCAGCAAAAGGGAACUGUAGAAACAGUUCUGUCCGUAGGCAUGUAUCACCACCACAGACUUAUUCUCCUUCUCCUCUUCCAAAUGGCUUAGAAUCAUCCAAUGAUGAAUUUAUAAUUGAUGAAUCAGAUUGCUCUGUCUCUCAAUCUUGGAUUUUAAUCUCUAACAAGAAUAGCAAGUCUGUAAAACCAGGCAAGACAGACCCUGUGAAGAGCUCCCAGGACUCAGAAAGAAAAAAGUCAAGGACAGAGCAACAGCAAGGAGAAAAAUGCAACUCAUCAAGUGAUAAAUAUUUUGAUACAGAGAAAGAAAUUUCAGAUGUUAUUAGUGAAAAGAAGACCUCAAAAUCCAUAAAACAUAAAGCUCGAGCAGUGGAGAAAUCACAGCCCUCUAAAAGAAAAAAAUUAGACAAUUUAUCUGAUGAAAUGGGAGGUGCUUCUAAAUCCACCAGACAUAGAAUAUAUUCUGAGAAAUCAGAACAAUUUUUGGAAAAUAUAGGGGCUAUCGUGGAACACCAGAGUGGAAAAUGUGAGACCCAAAUAGAUAAUAGAGAAUCUGUUGAAGGCCUAGUUAAUUGUGUUGAAAACCAAGAUAGUUUCCACAGUGAGCAAAAUAUUGCUGAAGUACAUACUACCUUAAGAACCACCAAAUCCAAAACUGCUUCAGUGGAGAAAUCACAAACUAUAGAAAUAAGCAAGCUCAGGAAAUGCCAGAAGAAAGACUCUCAAGUAUCUGUGAAGCAGCACGGCACAGAACAGACCAAGAAGAAAAGAUCGAAUAUGUCACAAAGAAAUCAAGACAAGCUACACAGUGAGUCUGACAGAAAUUUGGGACAACGGGAAGAAAGAGGAGAAUCUUGUCACUCUGCAGAGCAAAUACUAUCUGCUGAUGUUUCAGGAAAACAAAAAAAACCCAAUUGUGCUUCUCAACAAGUUCAGAAAAAAGGACAUUUAAAGAAGACAUCAUUUAAAAACCAACAAAUGCCUAAAAAGAGAGAAACUAUGCCAAAAAAAAAUAAAUCUCAAGAUUUCACUGUUACUAGAAGUCAAAGAAUUUCUAAGCGGCCUUCUACUUGGUGGGUAGUUACCACAGAACAAAGUAAUAUGUCUAGUAGUCCUACUUUAGAGUUACCAGUAAAUCAUAAAAAAGCCUCCAAACCAUCUAAAGAAACAAAAAAGAUAUCUGUUAAGACUUCGGGGAAAGGAACUAUUCCUCUGAAACGACAGAAAUCGUCUAUUAAUGCCAAAUCAAAAGAUGCAUCUAUUCCAAAGAAACGAAAAGGAAGGAGAUUAUCAUAUUCAAGUGAUGAAAAUUGUGAUAUGGUCCACAAUGUUCCCAAUCUAGAUGAACAAGAAGGUUCAUUGAAGGAAAUUCCAAAUGUUGUUUGUUCUAGUACUGCAGAACCCUCUGAGGAAUGUAUCAAUGCUGCUCAAAAUGUUAAUCUGACACCAACAAUGAUUACAGGAGAUUCUAAAACUUUUGUGACUUCAACCAUGGAAGAAAGUGGACCAGCGAGGUUAAGAAAUAAUGUUUUGACAUCUAGAUCCAACAAAAUCUCUGGAGAUGAACAGGAGUAUGGUACAAGUACAAAUUCUGACAAAAUACCAUCUGUUCGUCGAACUACAAGAAUCAAAAUAAAACCUUUGGAAUACUGGAGAGGAGAGAGAUUUGAAAACAUGUUAUUAGAUGGAUUUACGGUCAAUGGAACAAUGUCAAAUGACAGAGUUUUCCCUAAACAGAAGUCUAACAGAAAAAGGGAAAGAGUCGAUAUAGAUUCUUGUGAAGAUGAACAAAAAAAGAAAACAAUUGCAUCUUUGAAUAUAUCUCUUGGAGAUCCUUCUAAACCAACAUGUGUAUUUGACCCAGGAAGAGAACAAAUGGUUUUCAGGGAGCUUGUGAAGAUCAAAGGUACACAUGAAUUUUGUGUUCAGGAUGACACACUGAAAAUGUUUAAGAUUUUGAAUACUUCUAUGUUUGCCACUGGCACAUUGAUCUUGGAGCCCUUUAAAGAAAAGGGAAAACAAUAUGUCUGUUCAGAUACAGUGGUAUUCUUUGUUGUCAGUGGUAAUCUUUUAUGUACUUUACAUGAAACAUCUUACAACUUAAAUAGUGGGGACAUUUUCUAUGUUCCUUCAGGUAACUUUUACAACAUAAAAAAUCUUCUUGAUGAGAGAAGCAUUCUACUUUUCACUCAGAUAAAAACUGAAAGACCAGAAAAAUAAAAAACAUUCAAAUAUACAUAGCAUUGUUGUAUAGGUGGGCCAUUUUUCCUCAGAGUCACUUUUUGUGUGUGUUUGGAAUUAUAAACAUUCUAUUUUAUGUACAUAAUAUAUAAAUAUUUUCAAACCUC